AUAUAGAGUAUGUCAAGCAAAAAUUGUGUUUAUUUUUUGAUUUGGCUUAGAUUUCAACUUUAAACCGUGCACACAUUAAAUACAUUUAAAGUGCUGCCCCUUCGCUGCGAAUGGCAAAGUGAGGCGCUGCACGGUGAGUGGCACAUGAGUCAGCUGUUGAAUUUUCAAAGACUUGAGUGCUGCUUGGCUGCACUUUCACGUAGAAUUUCAACUAGCUGACUGCUGACUGAUCUAUCAUCAUUUUGGUGUAUUCCGUUGAGUUGUACGCACAUAUCUGAAAAAUGGGCGAUAGUUCGGACGAGGAAUAUCUGCACGCCGAAUGGGUGCCAUAUAGCGAGCGUGCCGAUUGGGGCGAUGUGACGCCACUGCCCCAAGACGAUGGCCCCAAUCCCGUUGUGGCCAUAUCGUACCGGCCAAAAUUUCGUGAGGUAUUCGACUAUAUGCGUGCCAUUAUUGCCCGGGGUGAGAAGUCGCAACGUGCCUUGGAUCUGACCACCGAAGCAUUGCGUCUCAAUCCGGCCAAUUAUACGGUAUGGCAAUACAGACGUGACAUAUUGCGUGAAUUGGAUGCGAAUCUGCAGCAUGAACUCGACUAUCUGGAGGAGGUGAUUGGCCAGAAUGCAAAGAACUAUCAAGUGUGGCAUCACAGACGCGUCAUCGUCGAAAUGAUGAACAAUGCUCAGUUCGAGCUGGAGCUGACACAAAAUGCCCUGGACAACGAUGGCAAUGCAAAGAACUAUCAUGCCUGGCAGCAUCGCCAGUGGGCCAUACGCACCUUCAAUCUGUACGAUGACGAGCUGGACUUUGUCGAUCGAUUGAUUUGCGAGGAUCCGCGCAACAAUUCGGCCUGGAAUCAGCGCUUCUUUGUGGUCAAACAUUUCGGCUUUACGCCGGAGGUGAUAGAACGGGAACUCGCCUACGCCAUGGAUCGCAUACGUGUGAUUAAAAACAACGAAAGUCCCUGGAACUAUUUGGUGGGUGUGCUGCGUCAAAGCAAGAGUGGGCAACUGAAUAGCAAUUCAGCGGUGGUGGCAUUCAGCGAGGGAUUGUACAAUGCCGGCAAUCGUUCUCCCUAUUUGAUGGCAUUCCUGAUUGAUCUAUACCAGGAGCAGGCGUUGCAAGAUCCCAGUGCCGGCGAGGCUGCACAAAAGGUGAACACAAUGUGCCUUGAUAUGGCCAACAAACAUGAUGUCAUUCGUCGCAAGUAUUGGGAAUAUGUGGCCAAUCAUCUGAAGAUACUGUUAAGCAAGCCUUCGCAAACGGAGCAGACUUAAAGAAUGCUCCGGUUCCUUAACCAGUUUGCCUAGUUUUAAACAAUGUACGUACCGCAGACCUUCUUUAUACAGAAAUACAUACCUCCUAAAAGUUAA